AUGCAGCAAGAGCGAGAGAGUGCCGAGUUGUGUCUCAACGGCUGCGGCUUCUUCGGCGCGCCCGGCAGCGGCGGCAUGUGCUCCGUCUGCUGGAAAAAGACCAUGUCCGACCGCCAGGCCGCGACGUCCGUGGUGUCGCCCCGCUCCACCGCGCCAAGUGCGACGCCAUCCUCGCCGCCUUUGGCUUCCAGCAGCAGCAGCCACUGCGCAGCAGAGGCUCCAUCCGAGCUGCAGGACGAGCACGAGGCGACGCUUAGCGCUACUUCAUCGUCGACUGCCUCGUCGCAGUUUGUACAGAAGAACAAAAAGCGCUGCUGGGAGUGCAAGAAGAAGGUGGGGCUCACGGCCAUGGACUGUCGCUGCGGCUACGUCUUUUGCAGCAGCCACCGGUUCGAGGACCAGCACCGGUGCACGUUUGACUUUCGGGCGGCCGAUCGUCGGGAGCUGGCGCGGCGCAACCCCGGCGGCGGCGUGUUUAGCAAGCUGGAGAAGCUGUAA